GAGGUUGCUAGGGCUGCCUGGCUGCCUGUGAGGAGCCGGCUCCGACUUCAGGGAGUUGAAUCCGCUGGUUCAGGGUCUUGGCGCCAGCGCCGCCGCCGCCGCCAGCAUGAGCAGGGACUUCCUGGCCGAGCUGCACUGGGAGGAUGGCUUUGCCAUCCCCGUGGCCGAUGAGCGCAACAAGGAGCUGGAGGCUACGCUGCUGAUGAUGCAGAGUGAGAGGACAGCCCUGCAAGAUCAGCUUUCUGACUACGAGGAGAGAAUCAGCGCCAUGAAGUGUCAUUUAAAAAAUGUCAAUCAGGAGUUUAUGUUCACCCAGUCUCUUUACAGAGCCAGAAAAAAUGAGAUUAACACAGAAAAACACUUAAAGGCUAUUGCUUUGAGAGAAAUGGGACGAGUGGGCAAUGAGAUUCACCGAAUGGAAAAAGAAAUGGCUACAGUCAGAGAAAGGAAAGCUGAAAAGGAAAAUAUCAUAUUCAAAACCUCUCAAAAACUGGAGUGUCUGAGGUGUCAGAUGAACUGGGAUCAGCAGGCUCUGGAGGCUUGGUUAGAGGAGUCGGCUCACAGAGACAGCGAUGCGUUUGCCCUCCAAAAGUACACACAACAAGACGAGAGCAAAAUCCGGGCACUAAUUCUUCAAAUCGAGAGGCUGACGGUAGAGUGCAAUGAGAAACGAAGAGCUUUGGACAACGAGCUCACCGAGACCAUGUCUGCUCAGAUUGAGCUGGAUAAAGCAGCACAAGAUUUUCGAAGGGUUCACGCUGAAAGGCAAGAACUCAUCAAACAGUGGGAAGGUACCAUAGAACAGAUGCAAAAAAGGGAUAAAGACAUCGAUGUUUGUGCUUUGUUAUUAGCAAAGGCAAAACAAGAGUUAAGAGCUAAAGAAAACAUGGUUAAGGAAAAGAUCCAAUUCUUGGAGAGAGAGACAGAAAACAAUGCAGAGUUUGAGAAGAAAAUCAAGCUUGCUGAUCGAAAAGCUUUGAAACUUCGCUUGAACUAUCAAAAUUGUGAAACAAAUCGAUUGCAGCUCCAGGAUGAGCUGGACACUCUCAAAGCCACGGUGACUAGAACGUCGAGUGAUCUGGAAGCUAUUCGGAGAGAGGUGAUGGGUCUGAGGAAAAGAAUUCAGGAAAAAACUGACACGUUGAAUGAAACUCGAGAACAGAGUGAGAUGCUCAGCAAAAAGCUAAAAGAGGUCACGGAGAAAACUAUGAGUGUGGAGGAGAAAGCUGCCAGGAUCGAACAGAUACUGAAAGAGGAGGAAAAAGCCGUCAAGGAUGUGGAAUCUCAUUUGAGUAGAAUAAAGGAAGUGCUUUUCAAAAGUGUUGAGAAGUUGAAAAUUGCCAUGGAUGAGGAGAAGUCUUUUGUAUCCGAAAUUGAGGGAACCCGCUCCUCCCUGAAAAGCCUCAACCGCCACUUAUACAAACUGGAUCUGGAAACCCUGAAGCAGCAGGAGAUCAUGUAUAACCAGGAUUUUUAUAUUCAGCAAAUAGAGAGACGAAUGUCACGGCUCCAGGGAGAACUUAAUGUGGAGGAAAAGAUGGUCCUUGAAACAAAACUUGUUGAACUUAGGAACACUUUUGAAGAGAAAAAAAAUACGUCGGAACUGUUAGAAAACCAGAUCAAGAAGCUUGAUAAUGACCUCUAUUUUCUCAAGAAGUCAGUAUAUAAAACUGGUGAAGAAAAAAAUGGUCUCUUGAACAAAAUAAGUGAACUCAAUCUUUUCACUGACCGAUCAGAAAAAGAAUUGAAGAAAGCCGAAAACCUGAAACAGGAAUUGUUGAUCGAAGACAAUCUUCAGAAGCUAGAAAUGAAACGUCUCCGAGAACUGCUUCACUCUAAAGCAGAUGAAGUCCUUUCCCUGGAGAAACGAAAGCAGCAAUUGUAUACUGCGAUGGAAGAGCGGACUGAAGAAAUCAAAGUUCACAAGGCGAUGCUUUUAUCUCAGAUCAGAUAUGUUGACCAGGAACGGCAGAGCAUCAGUGCUGAAUUUCACGACCGACUAAGUCAUAUUGAUAAACUGAAGAACAGAUAUGAACUUCUUACAGUCGUCAUGAUGCCUCCUGAAGGGGAAGAGGAAAAAACACAAGCCUACUAUGUAAUAAAGGCAGCCCAAACCAAGGAAGAGCUUCAGCGUGAAGGUGACAGUCUGGAUGUCCAGAUACACAAGGCUGAGAAAGAGAUCUACGCCCUAGAAAACACGCUGCGAGUACUGAACACCUGUAACUCCAACUACAAACAGUCCUUUAAGAAAAUCGCUCCCACCAGUACUGAAUAUGAAAUAAAAAUUAAAUUGGAAGAACAAAAAAGAAAUGUGGAUGAAAAAUACAGAUACAAGCGAAGACAAAUCAGGGAACUUCAGGAGGAUAUCCAGAGCAUGGAACACACUUUAGAAGUCUUGAAAAAUCUAAUAAAUAAUUGCAAAGAAAGGUUUGCCGAGAAGCAGGUUUACGCAAUUGACUUAAGCACUGGCACUGAAGAGCAGAAGCCCAAAAUAGAGAGAGUCAAGAGACAGUGUACUAAACUCACCAAAGAGAUUCGUCUUGCAAGGAAAACUGAAGAACCAACUAUGGAAGAGUAUGAUAUCAGUCUUCGAGAAAUCAAAGACUAUAACAAGUCCAUUGACAAAUUGUUAGUUGAGGCUACAUUAGAAAAUCCUGAAUUAUCUGGCAUUUUCCAAACAUACUUUCAACAGGUGGGUUUGGAACUACCGAUAGCGAGCACUAUACACAGCCGCCGAGAGUCUAGUUCUUCUUCUCUGAGUUCGCUGUCAGCAAGGUCGACGAAGAGUGGAGCCUCGGUUAAACCCAAAGUUGUGCAGUUGGGCUUGGAAAUCUCUUCGCCAGUGGGUUCAGUCAGUCCAGCUAGCUCCAGUAGUGAUAAAAGCCAAAAGUGACAUUUUUUUAGCUCCAGGAUGAAUUUAUAUUUAAUGAUGUUUUUGAAUGUUAAACAAAAUGUAGGUGAAGUCUGUACUUAAUUAUUGUAUAUUAGUCUACAAAAAAUAUAUUAUGCUACUGUUGGAAAUUAUGAGUGACCAAACAAGUUUUACUUAGGAAAAAUAUAUAAUAAAAACAAACAAAAAAUCACUCAAGUAAAAGACAAACCAUUUUUCUAUAGUGUUUUCUCCCUUAUUUUGUCUUAGAAGGAAACACUGUAAAGCAUUUUCAUAUUCUCAGUAAGGUUGUACUUCAUAAGCAAUUUCCUGUCUCCUACCUUAACAGGGUAGGAGUUACAUUAGAAGAGUGCAGGCUCAUUGUUAAAUAAUUGUGCUUCUGAUGUAAACUAUGAAAAAAAAAAUUCUACCACCAGGAAGAUGAUAUGUUUUAAGGCUAGUCAUUCAAUCUAUUAGGAAUCUGACUUCUCAGAACUUUGAAAGAGAAUAGACAAUGUACAGGUUAUCCCCAAAGCUUCAGUAGCUUGAAGGCUCAAAAGCCCUUAAACUCUGGGAAGAUUUCUGGGAUAGGCCAUACUUGAGCUUCCCUUUUCCUAGUCUGCAGCAAGUAUUACUUGUUUAAGGAACUUCUCAAUCAUGGGCAGUUUGGCACACCACAUUACUACUUUUAGGGGUAUCCAUUUUUAAAAUUAAUUUUUAACUCUUAAGAAAGUGUCCAACUCUUCAAUGUGCCCUAGUAGUUGAAGGACUCAAACCUAGUCUUUUAAACGAAUCCCAAUUACAAAAUUUAUUUUGUAAAGGAACUUUUGCAUUUUACUUUGUUCAAAUCUUAUAUUUUAUAUUUAUGCAAUUAAGUUGCAUUAAAUUUUGCUAUGCUUAGCAAUCUCAAUGGGAGGGAAAAUUGCAAUUUGUCAAAUGUCUGAAAAGGAAGAUUCAUAUUGCACUGUGAUGAGAAGAAAACAUAAAAUGAAAAGAAUUCAACUUAAGAAGAGUGUGAUAUUGGUGAUCAUGUACCAGAUAGGAUGGGGAACUGUUUCGGCAAAAAUGCAUAAUUUAAUUUGCCCUGUACUUGUGAAAUUUUACAUUUUCAAGAGAGUAAAAUAAAUACUUUUUGCAAAGCUUAGAUGAAAAAACAUGUAAGACUCUGGAUGCUUUGAUGGGAGAAGGAAGGUCAGAUGCAAUAAAGAUUUCCUUGGUUAAUACUUAUUAUGGCAUAUAAUCUGUGAAUUAGAAUUUGUCUCUGCACUUUUGGAAAAACAGUAUAUGAAGUAUAAUUCAAAACCUUUAUUUUUCAUCCUACAAGACCCUUUUGUCACCACAUUCCAGCCAGGAAAUGAUGAGUUUCUAAUUCAAAGCAGGCCUUCUAAUUCAAAGCAUUGCCUUAAUUCCACUAAUGUGGAACACUGUAAACAUAAUCUUUUGAAGGUCCUCAAAGGUAGAAAAUCUUUGUAUUUUAAGAGUAAAGAGACGAGAGUCACCCAGAGCCAAGUCUGGCUAGCAAAUGGAUCAAGCUGAGUAACAGGCUUUAGGUAAAAAAAAAAAUAGAAAAAACCAAACUACCAAGGAACCCUGAAACUGUAUGAUGAUAAAAAGUAACUAGAAUCACAGUCUGGUGUGGCACGUGUCACAAGCCUUUCUGUUCAUAAAGGUGCUCCUAAGAAAUCUUUUUUCCAACAGGAGUACUCAAAUGGAGAGAGAAAUGAGACCAAUACCCUGCCAAUACAAAUGAAGCUAUCUGAGUUUUUAAUAAAAUUUAAUAUUUAAAACAACUCUUUACAGAUACAGAACGGCACAUCCAGGACGUUCCAUUCUGGAAACCCUUUCAGAAGCCCAAGGCUCAGUUCAUUUAACAA